AUGCGCUCAGGUCAUUCAAUUAUUUGUGACUUUUUACUUGCUUUAGUUUGUUUUUAUCGGUUAAAAUAAUAAAAUUAAUAAACCUAAAAUAUCGAAAGAAUGGCAGCAGCAUCAGCUUCAAAAUCAACAGCAGCUGUUGAUACUGUACAGGAGGAAGAUCAAGAAGUUUCAGCAUUCUCACCAGUAUCAAAAUUAGAGUCUGUAAAUGGCGUAACAUCAGGAGACUUAAAGAAACUUAUGGAAUCCGGUUACUAUACAGUCGAAUCAGUUGCUUAUGCAUUGAAGAAGAAUUUAAUGUUAAUUAAAGGAAUUUCUGAUCAAAAGGCUGAAAAAUUGAUUGCAGAAGCGGGAAAAUUAGUCGGUGUAGGUAUAACAACAGCAUCAAUAGUUCUUAAACAACGAGCUGAUUUAAUAUCAAUUACAACUGGAUCUCGCGAAUUAGACAAAUUAUUAGGAGGUGGUUUAGAGACUGGAUCGAUUACUGAAGUUUUUGGAGAAUUUAGAACUGGAAAGACACAAAUAGCACAUACAUUAGCUGUGACAUGUCAAUUGCCAACAAAUAUGGGUGGUGGUGAAGGAAAGUGCUUAUAUAUUGAUACAGAAGGAACUUUUAGACCAGAACGAUUAAUUGCAAUAGCUAAGCGAUUUAAUAUGGAUGCACAACAAGUGCUUGACAAUGUAGCAUGUGCUAGGGCAUACAAUACAGAUCAUCAAUUGAACUUGCUCAUUCAAGCAUCAGCCUUAAUGUCUGAAACACGAUUUGCCUUAAUGAUUAUUGACAGCGCAACUGGACUUUACAGAACAGAUUAUUGUGGACGAGGUGAAUUAGCAGCGAGACAAAUGCACCUAGCUCGAUUUUUACGUCACUUGCUUCGAAUGGCUGAUGAGUUUGGUGUUGCAAUUUUGAUAACAAACCAAGUUGUUGCUAAUGUCGACAAUUCAUCAAUGUUUCAAGGAGAAAAUAAGAAGCCAAUUGGUGGCAAUAUUAUAGCUCAUGCUUCAACGACUAGACUGUAUUUAAGAAAAGGACGAGGUGAAAAUCGCGUUUGUAAAAUCUAUGACUCUCCAUGCUUGCCUGAAGCAGAAGCAAUGUUCUCAAUAUCAGCUGACGGCAUUAAUGAUGCUAAGGAAUAAUAUUCAAUUCACUGCCUUACUUAUACCUCAUUUAUUUAAUUAUUAUGUAUCUAAGAGAAACAAUAAAAAUAUACGUUAUUUUUUAAAGAAUUUGAA